GUUUGCUCUAGCUCGAAUGUCUCAAGCCCUCAAGUCCCCGGUACCGGAGCGUUUCUCAACUGCCCUAAAACGAUUGCGGUGAAGAUUGGAGCCCUGCGAUGUAGACCCGCAGGUCCAUUAAUAAACUUACGUCAGCCAGUCAAGGUGAACAACGGUGUAACACCAGUCGUAACCUUCGACCCCACAUCGAAUUCGGAAUUUGACGUGCAGGUACUUCCCUAUCGGACGCGAUUGACUUUGGAUAUCGACGGGAAUAUCGAUGUUUGGCUGUUUAGCUUCAAUUGAUGUUUAUUAGGCUGAGCAACUACGAAGCACCAAUUCAUAAUUCAUAGGGAAAUAACAGGUCCAUCUGCAUAAUCGUUUCCAUUCGGUUGGAUCGGUCAGAUAGGACCCAACGAGGCAGCAAGGACAACUGGCAACUGGUGAAGCAACUUGGUGAUGCAACUUGAAAGAUGCACAACAAUAUCUAGAUGCACAAACUUGUCUGAUCUAGAUAUAUUCUUGCCUCACUUUACCUUGUCGCACUAGGUCACUUCGGUCCUUUGCUCGCAUCUGUUGCAUCUGCUGCAUCUGCUGCAUUUGUUGCAUUUCUCCUACUCGACAUCCAAUAAUCAUGUCCACCCUCGCACCAUUAUCGCCGAAUAGGCCAGUAACUUCCCGCAGCUUCACAUUUGUUUCUUCCUCCUCUUCCGACGAUGACGAUGAUGCUCCUCUCCCCUUUCCAACCGCUCUCCCGCGAUCCGACUUCCUUGCACCGGAUUUCGACCCAGCAGAAUACCUCUCCUCUCUCGCAAACCGACAUCAAACACUCGAAGACCUACGAUCCGAUCUCAGGGAACGCAGCGCUGCUAUCAGCACCGAACUUCUAGAAUUAGUCAAUUCGAACUACACCAGUUUCCUAAGUCUAGGUGACGAGUUGAAAGGCGGCGAGGAUAGGGUAGAGGAUGUUCGGGUGGCAUUACUAGGCUUUCGGCGAGCUAUAGAAGAGAUCAAGGGCAGAGUACAAGAAAGGGGGACCGAAGUUGCAGACUUAAACAAGGACCUAGUUGGUGUGAGAGGCGAGGUUGAGACAGGGAGAAAAAUGCUAGAGCUUGAUGAGAGGAUAUCUGCGCUCGAGGGUCGACUAGCGAUUGGAAGCAUAGGGCCUGACAGUGACGAUAGUGAUGAAGACGACGACGAAAACGAGGAUGAAUUAGACGGUGCAGUAGGGAGCAGCUCGGCAAAAUUGUCACAGUUAGCGAACGAAUACGUCACUAUAGAUGAAUUGGCCGAUGAUAUUGGGAGAGAUACACCAUUUGUGCGGAAAACGGAGGAGAGGCUUAUAAGGUGUCGAAAUACUGUCCUGCUAGACCUUGGCGCCGCGUUGAAAGAAGCCAAACAGGCAGGCGGCAAAGGACAAGCAAAGCUUCUUAAGCUCAUGGGAAUCUACGCUCUACUAGAUGCCCAAGCCGAAGCAGUCAAGGCGUUAAAGAGCAAGUGAACAAAAUAAUAAUAUUUGACAAUU